AUGGGAGGAAGCAAAAGGGGUCUCGAGAGUGCGAUCGUGUGUUUACUAGUGCUGGGGCUGGGGUGGGUGCAAGUAGAGGGCGUGGAUUGCGGCGCGAACGUCUUCAAAUUGGCCUGCUACAAUGCUUGCCUUCUCGGCCCUAGUAAAGUUUUUCAGUGCGCAAACUUCUGUGGUUGUCAGCUCCCCGCUGUCUUGGCCUUUGCAGGCCGCUCCGAUGAACCAAACGCCAGCUUGGGAUGCAAAUCUUCCGUGUGUUACAACAUGGUCAACACAGCUACCAACAGUGAAGAGAUGAAAAUCAAUGUGAAACGUUGGUGA